AUGCCAUUCGGAAGAAGUCUUCUACAGAGGGAAAGCCUGUUACGAGUAAGUGGAGAGGAAAGAUCUCCAGAGAUUCUUAUCUCAUUCCAUUCCAGUGGCUCGACCAGUAACCAAUGGCGAAAACUAAAAAAUCCAUGGUUUCCCGGUAGAACCCCAUUUCGCCCAAGUUGUUGCGAAACCGGAAAAAAGAAGCGGUUUUUCGCACAGCUUGCUCAUAGUGCAGGUCCCACUUGUAUAUCGUAUUUGGCCGAAGAAGCAUCGGACAGGUUGGAGUUUUUACCUUCUUGGGACUCCAUGGACCAAGAUCUGCUUUCAUUAUAUGGGCAAUACCGAUCUACUUUAGUAGAUCAUAUGGAUGUAGAAAAAGCUUCUGAUUUUGAUGAAUUGGAAACAUCUCUUUUCCAUUUCUAUUUACCUAGUUCAUAUCUUUGUUUCGUGUGUUCCCGGGAGGAAUUCGAUCUCUUCAAUCUCGGGAUACCACCUAAAUAA